UUUUUAGUUGAUUUCACGUUGUGGUGUAUGUAUCUUUAAUCCCAUCUUGUGGUGAAUUCAAGUUUUUGUUACAAGUUUAUAGAAGUUCUUAAAAAGUUAAAAACUUGGUUAAUUUUAAUAGUGUUUUCAUGAUUUAUGUCACAUUGGCUGUAUCUAUCUUCAAUUAAUCUUGUGUCUGUAAGAAAUUAUAUAAACUGACAAAAAGUUACAAGCUUAGUAAAUUUUCAAGUGUUUUCUUGAAUUAUUUCAAGUUUUGAGUAUGGUGGCUAUAAAGAUAGGAAUGUUUCACUAUGUAUUAGACCAUGUGUAUGGUGCAUGUAUGCACAGAACAAAGCUAAGCACGCCUUUUUUUUCAAGAGGAUGGGGUGGCACAAAACUUGAUCUUUUAGAGAAAAUGAUUAAGCAAAUAUUUCCGGUUGUCGAAGGUCCAAGAUUGAUUAAGCCAAUGUGGAGAACAGUUUGGGAAACCAAAAGUGCUUGUUUGAAAGAAGGUGUUUUUAGGACUCCUUGUGAUGAACAACUUAUCAAUGCAUUGCCUCCUGAGAGUCAUACUGCAAGAGUCGCUUUCCUUGCCCCAAAAUUCGUGCCUCCUCACAAAAUGGCUUGUGUUGUUCAUCUUGCAGGUACUGGGGACCAUAGUUUUGAGCGAAGGUUGCGUCUUGGCGGGCCACUUUUGAAGGAAAAUAUAGCAACAAUGGUUCUUGAGAGCCCUUUUUAUGGACAAAGACGGCCAUCUCUGCAGAGUGGAUCAAAAUUAUUAUGUGUGAGUGAUUUGUUGCUAUUGGGAAGAGCUACCAUUGAAGAAGCUCGCAGUCUUCUACAUUGGUUAGAUUCUGAAGCAGGCUAUGGAAAAAUGGGUGUUUGUGGUCUAAGCAUGGGUGGAGUACACGCUGCCAUGGUUGGAUCCUUACACCCUACUCCAAUAGCUACAUUCCCGUUUCUAUCCCCGCACUCAGCUGUUGUGGCAUUCUGUGAAGGUGUAUUGAAGCAUGCCACUGCAUGGGAUGCACUAAGAGAGGAUCUUUCGGCAGCUAUGACACUGGAUGAAGUACAAGAGCGCAUGAGGCACGUGUUAUCUCUCACCGAUGUCACACGCUUUCCAACCCCCAAAAACCCAAAUGCAGUUAUUCUUGUGGCUGCUACGGAUGAUGGAUACAUUCCUAAACACUCUGUGUUGGAGGUCCAACGAGCUUGGCCAGGAUCAGAAGUGAGAUGGGUAACUGGUGGCCACGUUUCUUCAUUCAUUCUCCACAACGGUGAGUUCCGUAGAGCCAUUAGAGAUGGGUUAAACAGAUUACAGUGGAAGGAGCCCCCUUCAUGAUUGUUGUAAACAUCAUAAACAGUAAACACAAAGAGAAGUUGCUACUAACACUGUAAAGUUAAUAUGCAACCGGAACCAAUAGAUCUCUCGUGUACAUUUUCAGCGAAUCGUUUAAUUUUAACAAUUUCAAUUCGUGGUUUAACUUCAUUUUUAUUUUUAAAUCAUUGUAAUGUAGUUUUCUUUAAGAACAAUGGUUCAAAAUUUGAUAAACUUGUAUCUUGUUACGUUGUA